AUGCCCACGGACCCCGAGUUGGAAGGGACUUGCGAGGCUGUUGGCGCCAACUUGGCCAUUUCACGGCGAAGAAACCAUCACACGGGGCCCAAGUUUGACAUCGAUAUGUUGGUUUCGCUUCUGCGGCAAGAGAAUGCAAGAGACAUCUGUGUGAUCCGGGUUCCGCCCGAAAUGAGAUACACAGAUUACUUUGUGAUCGCGAGCGGAACUUCCACCCGACACUUGCAUGCCAUGGCCUACUACAUCGUGAAAAUGUACAAAUUCCUAAAAAGUAAAAAUGAGCCUCAUGUGAAAAUUGAAGGGAAGGACACUGAUGACUGGCUCUGUGUGGACUUUGGCAGCAUGGUGAUUCAUUUGAUGCUUCCAGAGACCAGAGAAAUGUAUGAACUGGAGAAGUUAUGGACCCUGCGUUCUUAUGAUGACCAGUUAGCUCAGAUCGCACCUGAGACAUUACCUGAAGACUUCAUUCUUGGAAUAGAAGAUGACCCUUCUUCCCUGACUCCAAUGGAGUUCAAAUGUGAAUAAAAUACUGAUUUACUCAUUU